AUGCGCCAAGUCCACCUCACUGUACUCCUUAGCUUUGCGGCAUUCGCUACAGCUUUUUUACCUUCCGCUAGUCAGCACGACCACCGCUCAACCAAAGAUGCCAAAGUGCUGAUUCUCGGAGGCGGUGUUGCUGGCGUUAUUGCCGCGCGUACCCUGCACAGGAAGGGCAUCGACGACUUCCUGAUUGUCGAAGCACGCGAUGAGCUCGGCGGAAGGAUGCAGAAUUAUACUUUUGGCGUCCCCGGAAAACAAUACACGAUCGAACUCGGCCCUAACUGGAUUCAGGGAACGCAGACCGGCAACGGGACAGCCAAUCCCAUUCUGGUCCUCGCUCGAAAGCACCAUGUCAAGAACCAGUAUAAUAAUUAUGACAGCAUCACCACCUACGACUAUAAUGGGUUCAAAGAAUAUCGACACCUCUUGGACACGUCGUACAAUCAAUUUGUACAAACUGGAGUGGUUGCAGGGGAACGCGUCGAGACGCAGCAGGUUGAUCUUAGCCUCCAAAGUGCGUACGGCAUAAUCGGUGCAACACCAAAGAACCUGUAUGAAGCAGCUUGCCAGUAUUAUGAAGUCGACUGGGAAUGCAAGUAUUUCCUUCUUAGUCGUCUUGAUCCUGCUAAUCAUUGCGACGGCACAUCUAUCAGUUGCACAGGCCAAAAUUCGUGGAUAGCGACGGCCUGGAACAACAACUUCACCUUUGACACCGAUAUGGGUGGCUUCUCAGACACGAAUAACCUCUGCAUCGACCAGCGUGGUUUUAAAACUAUCAUCCAGGCCGAAGCUGCUGAGUUUCUUCAACCUCAACAGGUCUCCCUGAAUUCAGUCGUCACGUCAAUUGAAUACAGUGAUGAUGGGGCGACAGUUACACUGACAGACGGUACUACUCUCACAUCGGACUACGUGCUUUGUACGUUCAGUCUUGGGGUACUGCAAUAUGGUGAUGUCGCUUUCAAGCCUGCUCUUCCUUCGUGGAAGAUGGAGGCCAUUCAAAGUCUGGUUAUGGCUACCUAUACCAAAAUCUUCCUGCAGUUCGAAGAGAACUUUCUGAUGGCUAUCUAUGCAGACAAGGAACGUGGGAGGUAUCCGAUCUGGCAGAGUCUUGACCACGUCAAGUUCUUCCCUGGCUCUGGUCUCGUCUUUGUAACGGUGACCGGCGAUUUCUCACUGCGCAUCGAAGCAAUGGAAGAUUCGGAUGUUCAAGCCGAAGUCAUGGAAGUCUUCCGAGCUAUGUACCCCAACAUCACCGUUCCUGAUCCCGUCGCAUUCCAUUUCAAGCGCUGGAAUGCUGACCCUCUCUUCCGUGGCUCCUAUUCCAAUUGGCCCGCUUCUUUCCUUCCCGGCCAUUCUACAAACCUGAGGGCGACAGUGAACCAGACGCUCUGGUUUGCAGGUGAAGGUACCAGCUUGAAGUACUACGGUUUCCUUCAUGGUGCUUAUUACGAGGGCUUGCAUGCCGGGGGCGAGAUUGCUAAGUGCGUUGAGGAUGGGGGAUGCGCUGGACUGCAGCAUGUGAAUACUGUGCUUGAUGCUUCUCCUUAUCCAUUCGUGUCUAUCACACCUUGA